AUGGCGGUAGUAGAAAAACAUCCGUUCUACCUGCAACUUGAAGAUGCGCAUGGAAACAAUAACGACUUGCCAACUCUCGAAGAGAUUUGGAAUGGCGCCCAAUUCCCCGGCACUCCUACCUCAAUAGCAAGUUCCACUCGAUAUCAACCGUACAUACUCAAUAAUCCUGUCGCUGAGGCCCAUUUAUCAUCCGAACGAACAUCAGCAGUACAGACUACGAAGAAGUCGACCAAAAAAGGAAAGGGUAGUAAGAAAAAAGAACAUUGGAAGUCUAAAGGGGUUCGGAGAUCCAGGCGACUUGUUGCGAUCCGACGUCAAAGACUAGCAUAUCCUUACAUUCCUCAGACAACUCUAAGAAGAUCCAAGCGUAUUGCUAAUCAGCCCGAGGGAAAAGCUGUUUGCAAGGUCAAAACGGACUCGUCUAGUUCUUUGAGUAUUGUUAUGGUCCGCCGUUCUUUGAGAAACUCUAUCGUUUUGUUCAGCAAUCCUAAGCUUCUGGUGCAGUUUGUCCACGAUAGCUUCGUAAUCUCUUCCGUAUUUGAUCGUUGCGUUGGUGGCGGGCACUUCACGCUGAUCAUUGCGGCAGGAUCUCGCUUGGCGCCGCAAAACGUGGGAUCCUACGACGUCUUGGCUUCUGUUAUCCCCGCUCAAUGAUAUACCUAGGGCGAAAGAGCCUGGUUAAAGCUCACGCUCUUGGAAUCAGAAUUGAUACGGUCCAAAAGAGUACUUAGGGUAUACGUACAGGUCAGAGCCAUAAAUGGAUUGUCUGUGCUUAGAGAAGAAAAGAGAGAGACAAAUGGAGGAAGCCGGUUUUGAUCUUGUCUGUACUCCUCGCAUCCAGCACGAC